CUGGUAUGCUCAACACCUGACGUGCUGAAUUGAUUCCGACUGAUACCCCGGAGUCAGAUGUCCAGAGCAAUGUGUGUCUCUCGCAGGGUCAAUAUUUAAAUGCCAGCCAAAUCACCCGCGUUCCUCAGCUCUGCUAGUUGAUUGUUUCCCUGUUGGUCGGGUUCCAAACAAAACAAAGUGGGUCCACACGCUACCUCGCGCUUUUCCGCAUCGGGGCGCUAGCUGUGACGUCGUCGACGAUCCAGUUCAACAAAACUUCCAUCUCAUGUAAAUUACCCCCGGUAUCGCUAUUCUUUGGUCUUGUCGUUAGCUUCGUUUUGGCUUUUUCUCACAUCGUGUGUCGCGUGCUCACUGUGUGCUUCAUGUCUGACUCUAUUGAUCAAGGUUAACUCUGGUUUCCCGCAUCGUCGGGAAUUCGCCUCCUACUCUCAGUCUUCCCAAUGGUUCCGAUUCGUCUCCUUUCAGCGCUCUCGCUGCUAGGAACCUACGUGUCUGCAUUCCCAGUUGUGGAGCAGCAGCCUCUAGGUAACGGUCUUCAAGAUGUGGUCCAGCUCGAGCCACCAAAUGCCGAUACGGAAGAGUCCUUCCGGGCACUUUCAGGCCGCUUCCUGCACAUAACAGAUUUUCAUCCAGAUCCCCUCUACGAGCCCGGAACAUCGGACGAAAAGAGCUGCCACAGAGGUGAUGGCUCCGCCGGGUACUACGGCGCCGAAGAGACCGAAUGCGACUCGCCCUAUGCCCUCGUUAACGAGACAUUUCGCUGGAUUGAGAACAACCUCAAAGACAAUAUUGACUUUGUCAUUUGGACCGGUGACUCUGCACGGCAUGACAACGAUGAGAGGAAUCCUCGCACGGCAGAUGAGAUCGUCCAUUUGAACGAAUUCAUGGUGGAUAAAUUCACCGAGGUCUUCAGCGGCAGGGACUCAAUCCCCAUUGUUCCGACAUUUGGCAAUAACGACAUCAUGCCACAUAAUAUUCUCAAGACUGGUCCGAAUCGGUGGACGAAGAAGUAUCGCGAAGUCUGGCACAAGUUUAUCCCCGAGCAUCAACGUCAUAGCUUUGUCGAAGGCGGUUGGUUCGUCUCGGAGGUGAUCCCCAAUAAGCUGGCAGUUAUUAGCUUGAAUACUUUAUACUUCUUCGACUCCAAUUCUGCCGUCGAUGGGUGCGACGCGAAAUCGGAGCCUGGCUAUGAACACAUGGAGUGGCUUCGCGUCCAACUGGAGAUGCUGCGGACACGUGAUAUGAAAGCCAUUUUGAUAGGUCAUGUUCCUCCGGCAAGGUCCGGCAGUAAGCGCAGCUGGGAUGAAACGUGCUGGCAAAAAUAUACAUUAUAUGUGAACAGAUUCCGUGACGUCGUCGUCGGCAGCGCAUACGGGCACAUGAAUAUUGAUCACUUCAUGUUGCAGGAUAGUCGAAAAGUGGAUAUUGCUGCCAGCAGUGAGUCUCCUGUUUUGUCCGAUCUUUACGACGGCUCAGGAGAGAUCUCCGUCCAGUCUCGCUAUGACUAUCUCUCCAGUCUCAGGAAGGACUGGUCUAGUCUACCGUCCCCGCCUGAUGGUAUGCCGAAAGGCAACUUUUUGGCAGAUGAAUGGAUCGAAAAGGAACAUGAAAUUGCGGCGAGCUCAAAGAGCUCAAAGCCCACCAAGAAAGAGAAGAAGUUCCUCAAGAAGAUUGGCGGUCCCUGGGCCGAGAGGUACAGUGUGUCGUUGGUGUCACCGAGUGUGGUGCCGAACUUCUUCCCUACGCUGCGGGUAGUUGAGUAUAACAUUAGUGGCUUAGAGGAUACCAAGAUUUGGGCCGACGACUCUGCCUACAACGACUUGGAUAUGGCGAGUCCGGAGCACGACAAGAAUGGCCUUUUGGCCGAGAAAAAGAAGAAAAAGUCCAAGGACAAGGUUCCCAAACCUCCAUCGCCGGCUGCGCCUCCAGGGCCGGCAUACUCUAACCAGGCGUUGACCUGGCUUAGGUACACUCAAUACUAUGCUAAUCUGACCGAGAUCAACCGGCGAAUGGCCAAACGUCACCAAGUGUCGGCAGACGACCCGUCUAGCUCCAUUCAUGACGAUGAUGCUCGUGAGCUCAAGCUUGCAGAUGUCUUUACGUUCGAGGUUGAAUACGAUACCCGACACGACAAGAUUUACAAGAUGGAAGAUCUCACCGUGCGGAGUUUCUUCAAGCUGGCGAAUCGGAUUGCCAAGAACAAGCUGAGUAAAAGCGACGUCUGGGUUGCAGAUGCGAACGCCGAAGAUGCUCCUGGUACCGUCGAUGACAGCGGAAACGAAGUAGAAGUGGAAGGGAAGAAGAAAAAGAAGAAGAAGAAGAAGCCUAAGAAGCCUAAGAAUCGAGUAUGGAGAGCAUUCUUGGAGAGAGCUUUUGUCGGAACUCUGGACCGUGACGAACUUGAUGACAUAGAAUAAUGGUUUCUGCUUGCCUGUUCACCAGCGAGUUGAAUUGGAAGUAUACGACGUUAUGGCUGCGACGUUUCCCUUGCUCUUAGCUUAUCUGUGAUGCUGCAAUGUAUAUAGUCUUUCUAGUUUUGACCUUGGAUAGUGGUCAUUUGGUGACCACUAUUGGAAAUAGAUCGCUGCUCAUUGCUUCCACUCAUUUGUCCUUCGGAAGAGGCGGUGGGGAACUGCCGCGGCAAACUGUUGCAGAUGCAGGCUGUCGGUCAUCAUUCCUCCAUCCACCCCCAUCUAACUGAUCAAUCAGUCCUGUGCUUGUGGUAUGACAGAGCCACUGAUAUCAUCUCCUCUCAUCUCCAGUUGUAAUCGGAAUUGAUCGAGGGGGCCAAUCUUCCACACAGCCCCAUGGAAGACGCACAGAUGCUUUUCGAUGCCACGCUGGCAGACGGCCGCCAACUGUCAUCGUCCAGUGCUGCCGCCAUUCCCAUGCAAAAGCCAACGCUAAGAAGCGCGCGGGCGCCGAGUUUCCACGCUUGCAGCUUAGUUCAGCGACCCAGCU